AUCACAUAUAUCAAAUUGAAUAAUGUUGCAUCUUGUGAAAAUAGUUUUAUUUGCAACAUUAUUGCAGUGUGUGAAUGCAGGAAGAAGACAAAGUGUCAUCAAAGAUGAAUUGAAUAAGUUCAUGAAUGAUUAUGCAGAUUCUCAGCUGUUGCCUGAAUGUGCCACCCCUGUGAAUACUAACUGUUCAGUAACUAGGACAUUUUGGGCAGAGGAUGCAGUCCUAGCUGUACCAGGAUGGAAUACUGGAGUUGGAAGAGAUGGUGUCAUGAACGUUCUAGAGGAAGUAAAAUCCAGUGAUCCUUACUUACACAUCAGAGUUACUUUUAAUGAGCACAUCAAGCAGGACAAACGGAGUGCAACUGGAUAUGGACAUGGGACUGUGUAUUCAAAGGACGAAACAGGAGAACUUAAGAAGCUUGUUGACAUGCGUUGCCUGCUCCAUUUCCUUAAGGUUAAGGAUGAGAAAAAGUACAGGAUCCAGUACUGGGUUGAAAACAUUGUCCAUACAGGGGAAGAUAAGAGAAUAUCAUAAUCCCCAUUUUAUCCAAGGCUUUUAUUUACUCAAGAGAAGAAAUCAUUUAUGAGUGCUACAAUACCAAGACUAGAUAAAAUUAUCAUAAAGCCUUGUUCCAUUUAAAACUCAAACAUAAGAGAGAAAAGAAUAAUUUAUGUGUGCUACAAUACCAAGUGUAUUGGAUGUUUUACUAGAUAAAAUUAUCAUAAAGCCUUGUUGCAUUAAAGACUCAACCAUUCCAGAGAAAA